AUGGCAGAUUAUUUUACUGAUGAAAAUAUACGAAAUAUUCUUAAUGAUUCUUCACCAUUUCAAAAAGAGUCAUUGUUAACAGCAUUAAUGCAAAAAGAAGAAAUUUUUGAGGUUCUUCCACCACCAAAUCAUGAAGAUUCCCAUGUCCUGACUAUGGCAAUUUGUUAUAUGCUUCUUUUUCUUAUUGGUAUUUGUGGUAAUGUUGCUGUUAUGACAACAAUAUAUCAUGUUGUUAGAUCACAAAAAACAACUAUUGAUAAUACUUUAAUUUAUGUUAUUGUAUUGUCAUGUGUUGAUUUUGGUGUAUGCAUGUCACUUCCAUUUACUGUAAUUGAUCAGAUUUUGGGUUUUUGGAUGUUUGGUUCUGUAUUAUGUAAAUUACAUGCUGUAUUAGAAAAUUUUGGUAAAAUUUUAUCAUCUUUAAUAUUAACAGCAAUGUCAUUUGACCGUUAUGCUGGUGUAUGCCAUCCUCAUAGAAAAUAUUUAAGAUCGAAAAAAUUAGCAAUAAGUAUAUUGGUUGGAUUAGCAAUAUAUGCUUUAGUCACUUUAUGUCCAUUAUUAUUAAAUUUUUCAGCACGUGAAUUAAUAUUAUUUGAAAAAGAAACAGCACCAUACAAAAUAACAAGAAUGAGAAUUGAAAAAUGUACAAUGAGUAAUAUGAGUUCAUUUAGUUUUUCAACUUUUACAAUUUAUCAAUGUGUAUUAUGUUAUAUAAUUCCAUUAAUAUUAGUUGUUUAUUUUUAUACGAGACUUCUUACAAGACUUCGUCAUCAUGCCAGACAAUUUAAGUCUUCACAAAUUCCACUUCUUCGCAUUUCUGUUUAUACAAUGAUGGUUUCUCUCUUUUAUUUCCUGUGUUGGACACCAUUUUGGAUUGCAACAACAUUAGCUGUUUAUCUUGAAUAUGUAGAAGAAGGUCAGGGCUCAAGUGCAGUUCCACAUUUUUUUGUUUAUGCAAUGUAUUUUAUACAUGCACUUCCAUUUACCAAUUCAGCUGUCAACUGGAUUCUGUAUGGAGCAUUAAAUAGUCAAUUACAAUUAAAGCAAAGAUCAAGUGGUAAUUUUAGAAGUGAAAUUACUAAUAAUUGUUUGCAAUCAUUUAAUAAUACAAUUAAUCAAUCAGGUGUAAAUAAAAGUAAUGCAGUUGUCUCAAAUAAUGAUACUUCCAUUAAUAAUAACUCAAAGAUAACAUAUAAAUUUAGUGCACCAUUAUCAUCAGGAAAAGAGUCCAUUUGUAAUUCCAAAUCAUCAGCAACUGAAAUGACAACACUUCUUCCAAAUGGUUUACAUAAACAAUCAUUACCAGUAACCAAUAAACCAUUUAAAAAAGUAUCUUCAGAAACUUUUAUAUUACAACCAAAAGAAGAUGAAGAUGAUAAAUCAAAAGAUAAUAUAAUACUUAUUGGGUAUGAUUGUGAUUCUGAAGGAACCUAUUUAUAA